AGUGGCUCCUUUUGCGCGACACGCAAGGCCCAAAGGACAUGUUUAAAUUACAUCGGGUGAAACGACGCUGUACGUGCAAAAUAACCGCGGCGAAUAUUUUUUGUGAAGUCAACAGCCUUCUGCGUUUGGCAAAUCGCUCCGAAUCAUCAUACUAGCGAUGGAUGCGUGCCCGUCGGAAGGCUGCAGUUAAUUACGCCCGCGCUAUAAAGUUUCUAUGACCGUGCACAGCGCGGACACGAAAAGCCACCUCUGAUGCUACAGGCACAAAAAAAAGCAAAAAAAGCCAACUUGCACGGCGUUGACAAAAGCCAAGUUCAACAUCGCGGGCCUCCCUGCAGGCCAAGGAACAUUGAGGCUCUGCUGUGGCUCGCGCUGGCGCUGUGCGCGCUGUGGAGUGAACGCUGCUCGGCCGAGACGCUCUGCGGCUCCGAGCUGGUGGACACGCUGCAGUUUGUGUGCGGCCCGGAUGGAUUCUACGUGGUGCGACCGAGCGGGCACCGGGGCGGGCUGGGCCGGCGCGCGGGCGGCAUCGUGGAGGAGUGCUGCUUCCGCUCCUGCUCGCUGAUGCAGCUGGAGCAAUACUGCGCGCGGCCCACGCGCUCCGCCAAGCACGAGCGCGACGUGCACGCGCGAGCAUCGCACGCGGACUUCCUGACGAGCCCUCUCACGGCGCACUACGUGUGGUCGCGGAAGGACUCUGCUGCGGCGCGCCUCGUUACUCCUCACCAGCAGCCGCAGCAGCAUCGCGACGACUCCCAAGGAAAGCGUUCCGAGGGCGUAGCGGAUGACGUUACGCACCGGCCACUCAUGACUCUGCCCAGCACGCCGUAAACAAACAAAAAAAACACAAAAUACGUUGAAGUAAAACAAAAAAAAUGUUCCUUCGGGAAAACACAAAAAAACAACAACAACAAAAAAAACGUAAAUAAGUAAAUAAAAAUAGCAGAAAUCCUAAGAACGUCCUCCGCUGUUUUUCGGCCCACCGUGUGGGCAAGCGGCUUCCCGUGGAGUCGCGCGGAGAGGAGGUCGAGGGGGUGGGGGGCUGGGCUGGGCUGGGCUGGGAGGGGCUGGGCUGGCGGGCACGGGUGGCGGUGGCCGUGCCGCACGGAGGAGGCCGUCGGCUUCCCGACGUCGGAGAACGCCGAUCGGCCACCGACGUCCGACCGAUGUGUCUCCUUGAAAAUGGACAAUUUCGAUUGGGGCGGGCGGAGCGUGACGAAGGAAGGAAGAAUAAGGAGCAGGAGGAAGAGGAGGUUCGCGCUGGGAGAUGGAACCACCCGGGUCGGAUCGACAAUACAAUGAACUCCCUUGCUCCAUUCGCCCUCUUCCGGCCUGCUCGCCUGCCUGUCUUCCUGCCUGCCUGCCUGCCGCGCGCGACCUGUUAGCGCCAGCCACAGCUGCUGCAUCUUCUUCGUCAAGUUGGAGGAGGGAGGCGGGUGGAGGCGGCUGUGGGUGGGAGGUGGGGGGGGGGGGGGAAAACUUGAAUUAGUUGGUUUUUUUGUUUUUUAAUUAUUAUACGACUUAUUUUAUUUUUUAACAAAAAACAAAAAAACCAAAAAAAAAAACGAGGGAGAGAUCAUCGCCGACGCGAGACGCGAUCCGCGUGCGUCAAAUUGCGUUUCGCGUCGCGUUCGCGCGGUUUCCUGCGCGCGCGUGAGGCUGUGCCUUCGAUGCUCGCCAACACGGCGGAGCGUUCUCGCUUACAAGCGGACGGCGAAAACAAAAACAUAAGGAGGGAUGGGGAUGGGAAGAGCGAGCUUCGAAUUGUUAAACAAUUAGUAUACAAAUUUUAAACGAAACGAAAUUGUCCGCAAUAGAGGCUUUCGAGUUAGAUCAGCGUAUAAAAAUAGAAAUGCGUCGUUAAACCCGCCACCACCUGGCACAGCCAAUUGGCAAGGUUCACGUUAACAACACGUGCCUAUUAGUUCGGCAUGUUUAGUUUCAUGUGACGAACCUUACCAAUUGGCUGUGCGUCGGGUGGCGACGCGUGUGUCUAACGAACGACGCAUUUAUUAUUUCCCCCGAUCCGACCCAAGUGUCCUCUGCUGCCGAACAACAUUUUGGGUGGUCGCGUAAAGUCCCCGUCCACCACCGCGCGCUCGAACCGAAACGAAAUUGGCGCCUCCGCGUUUCACGCUCGGCUCCCCGUGGCAGACGGACCACGUGCGCUUUGGAAUCGACACCCCCCCCCAAAUCCGUGCCUCUCGCUCGCUCGCCAGAGGUCGCAACCGGGUACCCGAUACCCGUACCCUACCUGAUACCCGGCUACCCGUACCCGACCGGGUACAGGUACCCAUUUGCGACCCUGGUGCGGCCGGGUACGGGUAGGCCUUGAGUCACUGGUGAGCAACUGUUUGUCACUCAUUUCCCAACGUCUUGUCUCUUCUCACAAUUCAAGUUAGUUGAAUCAACCCACCCGCACCUGCAACAUGGCUUCAUCCCAGAGGUCGCAAUCAGGUACCCGAUACCCGUACCCUACCCACACCGGGCCGGGUACGGGUAGGGUACGGGUACGGCCGGGUACAGAUACGGGUACCCAUUUGCAACCCUGGUGCCGCCGGGUACGGGUAAGGAAUCAAAACCCGUUUGCGACCUCUGUCGUUCGCUCCCUUCUCCCCCCCCCCCACCCCCCUGGUUGCAUGGACGUGCUGCCCAUUCCGCUACUUUGAUGCUGGCGAGCCAUGCGGUUGAGGCCAAGCACGGUUUGUGUCGGGACUCUAAAAACGUUAUUUGUAAGAGGCGGGGGGCGGGCGGAGGGUCGCUCUAGCGGAGUCAAGAAGCAUCGCUAAGUGAUGACAUUCAUUUAGCUCUCUCUCUCUCUCUGUGCUUUAAAUCGUUUCGAUAAUUCGUAUUCCGAUUUAUAGCCCGAGUGAGAGGAGCCCAUUUGACGGCAUCGUCUCUUUUGGCAAGCGAGAAAGACCGAAGCUUGCUAUCACGUGUGCUUUCUAAGAGUGUGGCGAUUUAAAACACAUUAUUAUUAUAUCUAUAAAGUACGAGCCUCGAGCGAGAUGUGUUCGUGUUUAACGAUUGAAGGAAGAGCGGCGAUUUGGAUUUUAACCAAGCGCGGGCUGGGGGGGGGGGAGUUAAUGACCAUUUCACCUGUUUUUCUAGUCGAGGUCGAGUCAAACUUAAUUUUAGUUUUUUUUUAAAACUGCCACUUUAAAUUUUAUUAUCGUGCAAAUCGUUGUGCUCCUCAGCAAUCGACGGUGAAGGGCGCCGUUAGUUCCAAUUGUUUUGCUACUUGAAACUUGAAAAAAAAAUAUGACAAGGGCUGAGUACUGUUUCUAUUUGUCUUAUUUUUAGGGUUUUUUUCUUUUUUAGACGUAUUGCUCACGACGAGUGUGGAGGAGGAGGAGGGGGGAGGCUACUUGGGUGCACUAUGUUAUUAAAAAAAAUAAGACCCCAAAAUAUUCUGCAAUGCACGCGCACACAACGUCUUAUUUAUUCUGCCGUUUGUCAUGAGAAUAAAGGGUAUUUGUGUGAAUCUUGACAA